AUGCAAGAGCAGUCCGUUGGGGCUGACUCAAUCACGCAAUUUAAGCAAUUCUUCGUCCAAUAUGAAGGCUUGAUCGAAGGCUGGCUGUCACAAGCUACAGGUGGAACAAACACGUCAAAUGCGAAUGUAGCCUCACCAAGCAGAAGUCAGAAUCUAGGCGCAGAGUCAUCACCGACAGCCGCUGCUGACGAUGCAGGGACCGUACCCAGUAGUACGAAUAGCAGUUUCAAUCCUCAGGCUACAAAUAAUGUUGCUGUGUACUGGGGUGCCGCCGAGGAAGCCGAAGAUGUCGACCUGAUGCAGAUUUGCCACAAUCCAUGGAUCAACAUCGUCAACCUCGCAUUCAUCACAGCCUACAGAGGGACAAAGGGCUUACCCACAAUCAAUUUAGGGGCAGCAUGCAGCAUGAACAUUACCCGAAAUGGAACGGUUGACCCUGGCAUUGAUCCUGGCAAGGCAAAGACAGCAUGCCGUAAGACUGCCUCAGCCAUUCAGACUUGCCAAGCAAACAACAAGAAAGUUAUGCUCAGCGUUGGUGGGGAAAUUGGCAAAGCGAAGAUUGACUUCAACAGCACGAAAGAUGCAACUGAUGCUGCCGAUUACCUCUGGGAUCUGUUCGGCGGCGGCACAGGUCUUGGCUUCAAUGCGAGACCUUUUGGCAAUAUCACGGUUGACGGCUUUGAUGUAGACACCGAAAACAAGCUGCCACAGCAUUACACGGAGUUCGUACAAGCCCUCCGUAGCAAAAUGGACGCUCAAAGGAUCAAAAAGUAUUUCAUCUCAGCAGCACCGCAGUGCCCCAUACCUGAUCAGUCAAUCCCUCUUGACGCUAUGCACCUAAUGGACUUUGUCUGGGUACAAUUUUACAACAACCCAGAAUGCCUCCUUGGCUCUGGUGCGAACUUCACCGUAAGCUUCCACAAAUGGUCUGCCGAUCUGUCGAAGAACGGUACCAUUAAAGGGCCGCAACUCUAUAUCGGCGCUCCUGCGUGUCCAGUCCCAAAAUGCUCGGGCAGCGGCUACGUUGAGCCAGCGAAGCUGACGACGACGGUACAGGCGGUCAAGCAUGCGAAGAACUUUGGGGGUAUCAUGUUGUGGGAGGGAAGUAGAUCAGUGCUGGAUGAUCAGUACGCAAAGGUCGCGAAGGUCGCUAUUGGAGCUUAG